UUCUGACUCUUUCAUUGCCUUUUUCCAUAUCACCCUUUUUCGCUGUAAUUUUAGUUUUGUUUCUUUGCUUUCGCUUGUCUAACUCUAUGGCAGAACAAAAACGCUGUAGAAAAGGCUCUGAAUUAAUUUUUUUUUUUUUUUUUUUUUUUUAUUGUGCGUCGAGGUAUUGUUAUGUUUUUCUUGUAAAGGCUAUGAAGGUUGGUUAGGGAUCCCCUUGGUUGAAAUCUAAUUAACCAAUAUCUCGUUCUGUUAAUGGAGUCAGUUUUCCCUUGAAAAUAGUUAGAUGGGCAAGAAAAUUUAUAUUAUAACUUAAAGGGUUACUAAAGAUUGAACGUUGUGUUAGCUUUGAUUGGAAGGGUUUCUGUUCUUAAGCACAAUCACCGUUUUUCCUCUUUAACCCUGCAUUUAUGAUAAAUUUUACUUUUUGAAAUAAAAGAGCCUGUAACUGAAUAUUACUCGUAAAUAAAAAGGCUUGAGUAUAGAAUUUUUUGGAAUUUUCUCUUUCCCGAAACAACGAUCAGUUUUCUUGUCAGCUAGAGCUCCCACCCGUUAAGGGCUAUGCCCAAUAUCUCCAUUAGAUUCAAAGGUCAAGGCAUUGGGGUUAUAGUUAUAUGGAAGAGCAGUUCAUACUCAGAGUCCCACCAUCUAUUGCAGAGCGAUUAGACCUACUUCUUAGUGAAAGUGAAAAUGCAUCAUCUUCGGAAGACAAAUCAUUGGAUUUGACCUUUUCUGAGGAUGGGAGGAGCGGGACAUUUGUCAUUGCCAAUGACCAUUUCCCUGCAUCUCUCUUGGAUCUUCCUUCUGUUGUGGAAUCAUAUAAAACAUAUGAUGACAGUGUGUUGAUCAAGACUGCAGACAUUGGCCAGAUGAUUAUGGUUAGAGAAGCAGGUGAUCCUGCUCCAGACAUGGUGGAGUACAGACAUGGUCUCACCCCUCCUAUGAGGGAUGCUCGAAAGCGGAGAUUUCGCAGGGAGCCAGAUCUAAAUCCUGAGCUUGUACAGCGUGUCUUGAAAGAUCUAGUGAAGAUCAGUGCCGGUUCAACAGCCGACAAUGUUGAUGCUGAAACAGCUGAACGAGAGGAAGAUGGAGACGGAAAUGCUCGUGAUGUGAGUAAAAUACCUGCACCUGCACCCGUUGCUAAGGCCAAUGCCCCUGAGGCUGGAACAAAUGCUGGGCAGAAUGACAGAAGCGACUCUGAUGAAUCUGAUGACUCAAUCUGACUUGAAGCCUCUUCUAGAAUUGAAAAGGUGUUUAGGACUAACAAGAGCUGUAACCUGUUGUUCCUGCUUAGUUUGGAGUAUUUUCUUGAGUUUGCAAGCUCUAUUUGUUAGUUAAUUUACUGAAUAUUUAGCUAUAUGGUGUUUAUCAUAAAUAACUUCUGCAAUUUCUUCUA